AUGUUCUUCCCUCAAGCUUUUCUUUUUUGGCUAUCUUUCUUUUUCAUCUUUCUUUCUUUCGCCUUUGUUUCAUUUCUUUCUUUCUUUCUUUCUUCCUUUCUUUUUAUCUUUCUUUCUUUCUUUCUUUCUUUCUUCCUUUCUUUUUAUCUUCCUUUCUUUCUUUCUUUCUUCCUUUCUUUCUUUCUUUCUUUCUUUCUUUCUUUUUAUCUUUCUUUCUUUCUUUCUAUAAGCUUUUCUUCUGGAUAUUUUUUCAAUGUUCUUCCUUUUACCUUUUAUUCUUUUCCUCUUUCUUUUUCCUUUUUCUUUUUCCUCUUUCUUUUUUCUUUCUUUCUUUCUGUCUUUCUUUCUUACUUCCUUUCUUUCUUUUACCCGUUUUUCUUUGUAUACACUUUUCUUUUAGUUAGGUUUCAAGUCUUUUUUGUAAUGUUUCCUUUCUUUCUUUCUUUCUUUCUUUCUUUCUUUCUUUCUUUCUUUCUUUCUUAUGUCUUCUUCAAUGUUUCCUUUUUUUCUUGUUUCAUUUCAAUUCUUCUGUUUUUCCUUUUUAACUUCAGUUUUCUAGCAUUUUAUUUUUUUCCUAUUUUUUCAUUCAAGUUUUUAUUUCUAUCUUUCUUUUUGUCUUUCAUUCUAUUUUCCUUUGUUAGUUUCUUUCUCAUUUCCUUUUCGCUUAUUCUUUUUGCGUUUUGCCGUUCUUUUCCCUUUCGUUGUGACGUAUUUUUUCUGAACUUUCUUUCUUUCAUUCUUUCUAUCCUUCUUUCUAUUGUUUCUAUCGUCAAUUAUUACCUUCCUUUUUCUUUCUUUAUUUUUGUAAGUUCUUAUCAUUCCUUUCUUUUUUCCGUCUAUUUUUUAAAAAUUUCUUUUGCGUAUCUUUUUCUGGCCUUUCUUUCUUUCUUUCUUUUUUUCCAUUUGUCCUUUUCUUUCUUUAUUUUUGGCAUGUUCUUAUCAAGCAUUUCUUUUUUUUUUUCGUUUAAUUUUUUUGUACUUUUUUCGUCUCUUUUGUCUACUUUUCUUUCUUUUUCUUCUUUCUUUCUUUUUCAUUGUUAUUUUCUUCACGCCAUUGUUUGUUACUUAAUUUGUGCACCCGGCCAGCCAUUUUCUUUCUUUCGUUCUUUUUCUUUCUUUCUUUCUUUCUUUCUUUCUUUCUUUCUUUCUAUUGUUUCUUUUAAAAAAAUAUUCUUUCUUUUUCGUCGCUUCUUUUGUCUUAUUUUCUUUCUUUGUUUAUUCUUGCGUCUAUUUUUAUUUGAUUCUUCCUUUCUUUUUCCUUCCUUUUUCUUUCUUUCUUUCUUUCUUUCUUUCCUUCUUUUUCGUCUAUUUUAUCGAUUUUUCUUUCUCUCUUUCUUUCUUCUUUGUCUCUUCUUUUGUCGAUUUUUCAUUCUUUCUUUUUCGUCUGUUUUGUCGAUUUUUCUUUUUUCAUCCUUUUCUCUUUCUUUUUCGUCGCGUCUUUUGUUAAUUUUUCUUUCAUUUCUUUUUCAUUCUUGCUUUUUUCGUCUGUUUUGUCGAUUUUCUUUCUUUCUUUCUUUCUUUCUUUCAUUUUCUCUCUUCUUUUGUCGAUAUUUCUUUCUUUUUUCGUAUGAAAAGAAAAUCAUAUUAUUAUUUCUUUUUUUUUUUCUUUCUUUCUUUCUUUCUUUCUUUCUUUCUUUCUUUCUUUCUUUCUUUUUCGUGUCUACUUUUGUAGAUUUUUCUUUCUUUCUUUUUCGUCUGUUUAAUCGAUUUAUCUUUCUUUUUCUUUCUUUCUUUUUCGUCUGUUUAAUCGAUUUUUCUUUCUUUCUUUCUUUCUUUCUUUCUUUCUUUCUUGUGUUAACUUUGAAUACCUUAAUAUGCCAACGAAUUUCUCUAUAUCUGUCUCUCCCCUUUCCUUUCCCUCUCUGUCACUCUGUCUCUCUGUCUCUCUCUCUUUCUCUCUCUGUCUCUCUCUCUCUCUAUCUAUCUAUCUAUCUAUCUAUCUAUCUAUCUAUCUAUCUCUCUCUCUCUCUAUAUAUAUAUAUAUAUAAAAACUCUCUGUUCAAUCUAUUUCAGUCUGUUCAUAUCUAUUCAUCUAUCUAUCUAUCUAUCUAUCUAUCUAUCUCAGUGUUCCUUUUCUAUUCUAUUUUAUCUAUCUUUAUAUAUAGGUAUGCAUUAUCUUCUAUCUAUUGCUAUAAAAUAUAUAUGGACGCCUAA